GCACUCGACGUCGACGCCGCGACAGCGUCAGUGCACACUGCUUUAAAGUGCCAUAUCUGACAAAUGUACACACAAAAUGAUAAAUUUUAAAAAAUUAUUGGUGUUUUAUAUUUGAUGCUAACUUGAGCAAAUCUACGCCGAGCGAUACCGCCGCACAUUUAAGCCAUGCUCACAAAACCGACUUUUAUUCGUUAAUUAACCGUCGUGGGGCGAAGAAGUGCCAGACAGCGCGAAACCAGCUUAACGGAAGUCCACAGCAGACACAUAAGACAGACACUCUUAAGCAGAGCUUUUGCGGAAACUUGCUGUGAGGGCGCAAAGAAGUGACUUCAUUUGGAGAGCACAUCACAGCACCUGUUGUGGUACUGCACGCUAUUGUGGCGCUUUCUGUUUGUCGAGCCUUAGCCUCGUGUUGCUUACACUCUUUCACUUCGGUUAACGUCACCGUUGCAUGUAGACGCCACGGCACGUGCGCCGUUGCCUCAAACGAUUCUUCCUGUUCGCUGCAGUCGAUUAAGAGACAGUCGGUCGGUCGCGAGUGCAUCUUCGGGAGCUAUGAACAAAUUAUUCUAAAUUAUUAUACAAAUUGCGAUAACUUCAUCUUAAAUAGUGUGCUAAAUGCUGACAACAUUUUGCCAUAAAGAAAAACACCCGCAUGCGAAGCGAUAGCUAUUUCAAUCAGUGUGAUUGUCUUAUCAACAUCAACAGCAACUGUAAGAUGUUGUUUUGGAAGCGGCUCUGUCGACACCAAGGCGAGCCACCGGCGGCAGCAACGACGAUGACGCCUUCAGCAUUCAAUACAUCAGCAACAUCAACAACAACAAUAACAUCAACAUCAGCAACAUCUUCUGUAUCAGUUUCGUCUCGGCCCAGAGCUCGCUCUGUUAGCUGGCGGGAACGUCGCUUUUUUGGUGCUCUACGCUCUGGAAAACGAAAAAACGUUGCGCCGCCCAUUUAUUGUCAACAUGCGGGUGCAGUGGAAGCUACUCCAGUUAGCUACCGGGAGGCCCCUAGAGAUCCACUAGAGAACGUCUACAUCUUGGAAGCUCCUGUGGAUGUGCCACAACUGCGCCUGCGGUCACCACCGCCCCUCUAUAGCCCUCAACCGCUAACGCCGCCGCCUUGCUAUAGCGAACGCCCAGGCGCACCUGAGCCGGCGCGAUCAGCUCCUGCAGACAGGCCUCACCAACCAGCAGAGUAUGCCGCAACUACAACACCAGCAGCGCGACAACAAGCGCGUCGUCGACGUCGUCUACGGGAACUACAAGAGCAACAAUUGCAGCAGCAACAGCAACAAUUAGUCAUAAGCAGCAGCAGCAGCAACAGUAGUAGCGAUCAGAGCAGCGCCAGCGACUGCGAGCUCGGAGUCAGACAGCAGCGACAACGUAGACGUAGCUCACGAGGACUACGUGAUGCCUAUUGCCCAGAUCUGCUGCAUGCUUGUGCUCUGAUCCUGCGCCAGCAGCAACCCGGCAGCAGCGACAGCUCCGUGGGCAAUUUUACAGCAACACCGCCGCCUACACAUUCCCAAUCGCAGUCAGCAGCUGGCAGACACGAGUACAGUUCGGACUAUGUGGAGAUUGAUGAGUUGCUGCCACCUCUAGGGGCUGGCCCGAAAGCAAAGAGCACACCGCACCUACAGAAUGCUGUAGGUAUUAAUAGUCUAGCGAUGGGUCAGAACCUGAGCCUGCGACGCCCGCGCAUCUCACUGACCUGGGUACUGAGAGAGCAGCACCAACAGCAGCCAACGGCACAACAGCCAACUAACGAGCCAGAGGAGCAGCAGCACCAGCAGAAGACGAAGGAGUUAAAGGAACUGCCGUUGAUGCUAACUAAUAGCCAUGUUAUUGGUGAAUCGAUUGCACAGCGCACAAACCCCGUACCCACGCAAUUGGACGUAUGCAACAAACGCUAUCGCGUUAAGCAGUUGCCUGACAAUGGGCAGCAUAAUGAUUCGCUCACUGGCUAUGCCACUACGCCCACGGUCCACCUGGCGCCAGCUAACGGGCAGUUGACCAACAAAAAGUUCUUCAGCAAUCAAAAUCUGUUGGAGUACAAGGACAAGGCAUCGACAAUACGUAACAAGUGUGCGCAAGAGCCUCCAGGAGGAACGCCGCCCGUUGCUGCCGCAUCAACCAAAGAGCUGCUCUUCGUUUGCACACCGCAGCGGGCCCCAAAGAGCGAUGUGAACAGCGAGGUGCUGCAGCUCGCCCGUAAAAGAAACGAAAUACGGAAGAAGUUGGCCAAUCGACUGCAGCAGGCCAGAGCUACGACUGCCGUCGGUUCCAUGAGCUGCACUCCGGUACCCGUCGAUGAACGUACUAUCACAGUAGCACCAUCGACCACGGAUGCACUAAAAUGUACCAUUUCUGAGCCCAGUCUAGUCGCUGUCUCUGAGGGUGGGGACGGCAGCGUUGGAGUAUCACAUCAGCAGCGUCGCCAUCGACAUCGAAAGCGACGCGAGCGAGAACGACAACGUGUGCAGCGAUUCGGGUACGAGAUACACAAUGUUGAUGAAUUUCUAACCCGUUGCUCUCUAGCUGCUCCCGGAAAUAUUCCCGUAGUGCUGGCCACUGCAAGCACGCUCUAUCAGACACGACCCGGUGGCUAUCAGCUGGAAAUUCCUCUGCCACUAGGGAUGGUAGUAAAUGCGGUUUUUAAGAACCAGAACUGGCUGUAUGUGCAGACACCUCACGCCGAAGAGGGCUAUGUGGGCUAUGCCUGUUGUUUGCCGUUGGGCAUCCUUCCAUCGGCGGCGAGAGGCUCUAGGCACGCGCCGUGUUGGGAGUCCAAUGCGGAUAUCUUUCCACGCCCCUGCGGCAACAUGACCGACUCAGAGAAGGAGAUACGACUGCGGGGCGGAACACGUUCUGAUGGCGCUCGCACACCUCACAGCUCAAAGGCAACUACGGAGGAGCUACUCCUCCACAACCACAACAACAACAAUAACAUCAGCAACAACAAUAACAACAGCAAGAGUCAGGUGGCUAACGGUGGCGGCAGCAGUUUAUCGGGCUCAUUGUACGGGGAGCAACAUGUGGAUAAAUUGUAUCUGAGAGCUGCCUCGCAGCCCAAGCUUGUGGAAAAAGCCUAUGCGCAGUUACGUUCCACCAAGCAAAUAGGCUCCGGCGCUGCCUCGACACACAACGUAUCCAACGAUGAGUAUGUCACACUGCAGCAACGAACAACCACUACCAAAAGUACAUCCUCAAAGGUGACAUCGAAACAGCCGCCACCAACACAGGCACAGAACCAUCUUCAUCAAGUUCAGGCCCAAAAUGUCCGGCGGCUCUCAAAUGUGUCCUACAUCACCAAUGGCCACAAUGGCCAGCAUCUGCACCCAAAUAGCAACCCAUCAACAACACAAGGGUCACUUGUACACAAUGUUCUGCGUCGGCAUCAACAGAAUGGCCUGCGCCAAACUCUAGUCGCCAUUAACUCUGACUACAUCACUGAGAGCAUUGUCGUUCACAAGGGCGAAAUUGUGACGCUCUGCGAGUGCCGCGAGUCGAAGGAUCAGCGGCAGUGGUUCUAUGUAAGGACCCGAGACGGCCGCGAGGGCUUCAUACCUGCCGAGGUGGCCGGUCACGGUUAUCUAUAGGCGCCAGACUGAAAGCCCCAUCUCCAUCAGCACCACAACCACCUCCAAAAGUCACAUUAGAAUUAUUAAAAGAAAUAAGCUUAAUUAACUUAACUAAUAACCGAACUAAGGGUCAUUGUAAAAGUAGCAAUAUGCCACGAAUUAUUUAAUUCUUUCGUUCUCUGAUUAGUUUUAUGUGUACGCUUCUAGAAUCUACAUAGUUGUAAUGUGUGCUAUUGGUGUAUAAUUAGGCAUUACGAUUGCAACACAAAUCAAAGACAUUAAAGCAAAAUACAUACGAUAAACUUGUACAACCAUAAAUGUACUUGAUGCUUCUACUAUAUAAUUUAAAUAAAUAAACGUAUUACAAAAUCAAUCGUGUCAAAUUUUUUUUA